GAGGACUCGGAGGCCGAAGAGGCGGAGGUGAAGCCAAAGUCGGCCAAACCGUUCGUAGCCUUCCAGCCAAAGAUGACCCAACUCAUGAAAGCAGCCCGUAGCGGUACCAAGGACGGUCUGGAGAAGACGCGGAUCGCAGUCAUGCGCAAAGUAACUUUUCUCCAACGCAAAGAAACGACAGGGGACUCGGAGGAGGAAGAGAUGGGAUUCCUGGAAGUCAGCGGGCUGGACCUGGAGCUGAACCCCCCAUCUGAGCUUGGGCCGAUGCCGGAGGGGCUCAGUGCCCAGCAGGUGCUGCGGCGUCACAUUCUGACCUCCAUCGUGCACAGCGAGCGCAGCUACGUGGAGUCCCUUAAGCGCGUCCUGCAGGACUACCGCUACCCCCUGCUGGAGAUGGAGCCCAAACUUCUGAGCGCCCGCAAGUGCCAGGUGGUCUUCUCGCGGGUGAAGGAGAUCCUGCACUGCCAUUCGGUCUUCCAGAUAGCGUUGGCCUCGCGGGUGGCGGAGUGGGACGCCACGGAGAAGAUCGGAGACCUCUUCGUGGCCUCGGACAUGUUGAAGAACACGCCGCGGGGGCACGCGGACCGCCUGUCGCUACAGCUGGCUCUGACCGAGAUGGAGACUCUGGCGGAGAAGCUGAACGAACAGAAGCGAGUCGCCGACCAGGUGGCGGAAAUCCAGCAGCUGUGCAAGAGUAUAAAUGAGAGGAGCGCCCUGCACAAGAGUCUGAGCUCCGGGCAGCACCAGCUCCUCCUGUGCGAGACCCUCACCGAGAUGGUGUACGGGGAAAAAGGACAACUCCUCAAAUCUAAGGAACGCAAACUCUUCCUCCUCAACGACGUGCUGGUGUGCGCCAACAUCAACUUCAAGGGGCAGCCGGACAUCGGGAAUCUGGUCCCGCUAGGACCUCGCUACGUGCUGAAGUGGAACGGGGCUCUGUCCCAGCUCCAUGUGGCGGAAUUCGGACAGGAAGAGAACGUGCCGGAGAAGGAGGCCGCCACCAGCCAACAGUCGGCUGGCAAGAAGCAGUCGCCCUCUGCUGGUCAAAAUAAAGUGUCCCUGGGGUCCCCUCGGCUGUACCAGGAACUGCAGGGCAUCAAGAAGGACCUGGAGGUGGUGGAGCACAUCACGCAGCUCAUCAGCACCCUCCAUGGCACCUAUCAGAACCUGAAUAUGACGGUGGCCCAGGACUGGUGUUUAGGUCUCCAGAGACUCAUCCUCUGGUCCGGGCGACCGAUGAGCUUUAUGGUCCUUUUCCUGACGCCGAGUCCUCUGAGUAAGAUCUCCUGGGUCAACCGAAUGCACUUGGCCAAGAUCGGACUGAGAGAGGAGAACCAGCCCGGCUGGCUGUGCCCUGAAGAAGAGAAGAAGACAAAGAUCCCGUUCUGGUCGCCAACUCUGGUCUGUCGUCUCCCGGCGUUCUCCACCAAAGCCUCUGACUUGCAGUUGGGCGGAGCCAUUCACACUCCUGUACAAAACUUCCUCCUGGGAUUCUCCUCCGUCAGUACGUCACUUCCUCAGGGCUACUUAUGGGUCGGAGGGGGUCAGGAAGGAGGGGUAGGCCAAAUCCAGAUCUUCUCCCUGAACCACACCUCCCCGCGGAUGCUGAAGGCAUUCCCUCUGCCAUCCUGCGUCCUGUGCGUGGAGAACGUGUGCGCCAAGGAGGGCGAGGAGAGCGAGGAAAAGGAAGAGGAUUGUACGUUUGCGCCUGUGCAGCCGGCGGUGUGUGUGGGCCUUCAGGACGGGAGCAUUCUGGUGUACAGCAGCGUAGACACCGGAUCCACCUGUCUGAUGGCGCUCCGGAGUCCCGGCCUACAGCCCGUCCUCUGCCUGAGACUGAGCUGCACACACCUGUGUGCCGGGCUGCAAGAUGGCACGUUGGCGCUGUACCCGCAGAACCCAGGUGGAUUAUGGGAUCCCGAAAACCCCUCCACCGUGCGGGUAGGAACAAGCCCUGUCCACGCCCUGCUUGCCCUGGAUGACUGCAUAUGGGCCAGCUGCCGCAAUCGAGUGACCGUGCUGGAGACGGAGCUCCUCAAGGUCCAGAAUUUCGAGGCCAUUCAGGAUGAGGGGGUUCGUGUUACUCACAUGAUAAGAGCCGGCGGAGGGGUGUGGAUGGCGUUCUCGGAGGGCUCAUCGAUACGUCUCUUCCACACCGAAACUCUGGAACUUCUGCAAGAAAUAAACAUUUCUACUCGCACCUUGUCACUGCCAGGGCAGAAGAACCCCCGAGUCACCACCCUGAUGAUAUGCCAAGGCUUGCUGUGGGUGGGCACCGACCUCGGCAUCCUGAUCACAUUACCUGUGCCAAAGUUGGAGGGCAUCCCCAAAAUUACAGGAAAGGGGAUGGUCUCGCUGAAUGGACAUUGUGGCCCGGUCCAGCUCCUCACUGUAGCCUACAGCACGAUGGCGCCCGAAGCACUGCGCACAGACCACGGCUCUACGGAGGACGUAAGAGAAAGCGAGGCCGCGUCAGAAACGAAAGAGACCGCAAACGGCCAGUCCCAAGACCAGUCCUCUGAAAACCUCCCCCCCUCGCGUAGAAAAGGAAUCCUCCUCCAGUAUCGCCUGCGUGGAACGUCGCAACUGCCUGGCCACCUUCUUUCCGCCAGGGAGGGUUCCAGAGCGAACAACUGCACCCUGGAGACCAGCGAGGAGGACGGCUCCAUUUAUGAAAUGACGGACGACCCCGACGUCUGGUUUAGGAGCCGACCGUGCGCCAGGGACGCGAAUCGAAAGGAAAUCACUUCGGUGGUCAUCGUGUCUGGCGGACCUGGCUAUCGGAACUUCAAUCCUACCAACGGCAGCGGCCAACCAUGUGGGGACACGGACAGCACGCUGCUAAUGUGGCAGCUGCCCCUCCUCUUAUAGCCUCCGGGGUUCCCUCUGCGCAGGGAAGGAGCUGACAAUGCUGUUACGUUUUUGCAGUUGGGUACGAAUUUCCCGGAUGGCCUGCGAGGAAUAGCGCCGUUCCUUGUUUGGGAUUUGAACUCCUCUGAACGGGACGCAGGCAUUGGGUGAUAAAUUAUUG